AUGCAGUUCUCGAAGGUUCUUUACAUUCUCUUCCCCGUUGCCGCCCUGGCGGCUCCGUUCCAAACCUUCAAGGUCCCGACGAUGGACCCGAACACGGUUGCGCCUGAGGUCCCGGCCAUUGACCGCCGCGUCCCCCAGGCUGAGGAUACCUGCACCGAAGACCUGUACCGUAAAGGGGUGGUCUAUCGACAUUCGAUGAGUUGUUUGCUCGGUGCUCCUGGUGGACUGCCAGUCAACAUUGUAAAGUUGACGGCUCGACUGUCUCACCUCAUGAAAAGGGUAGACUCUACGUCUACCCAUUUACGACUCGACGAAGGCUUGUGUGAAGGCUCCGCUGGACCUUGA